AUGCAACAUAACCCCAGCGAUUAUCUGGCGCCAAUUACCUCCAGGGAUGAUCUGUCGCUUCGCCGCCCUGCUUCCUCGCCUAGAGAGACAGCCCGCAGCGACUCGAUUUCAGCAUCGCAUCAACGACCAACGACUCCCAACGGUGCUGGUGUUCCUGAAGAGAGUUCUAUCCCAGAGAGUACUGGGAAACAUGGCAACUCCAUGGAGCAAGCUCCGGCUACAGCCCAAUCACCUAGAAUAGAUGCUGAGGGAUAUUCCGAGCGGCCGGCUAAUCUUGACGAAAUAACGCGACUUCAAAAAGAAGCUGCUGCUGCUGCCGAAGAGCCCGGUCUAAACCUCACUAUUCGUGACCAACCUAUCGAGGAGGACGAGGGUGAAGCGAAAAUGGCUUUGAACGAGGUGGCGAACACCUUGCGAUUGAAAGCACAACAAUCCGGCCUAUCUCGUGGGGUUGGAACGUUGCGUGGACGCCGAGAGGUUAGGAACACCAUUUUCGUCCCGAAUCCACCCAGCGAAGAUUCAAGCUUGAGCCCACUUCCCGGUCUAGUUGCGGGACCACCACCCGUUUCCCCAUCGCACGUUCCCAAGAUGGUCGCAUCUCCUCCUAGUAGUCACGAUGACCACGCUUUGUCGGAUACAACGUCCAUCCAUUCGUCACAAACCCUUCAUAGUCUGUCAGGACCUGUUUCACACCCUGAUAUGCCCGAGCCUGGCCUUAAUGCAUCCAUUGUGGAAACGGUCAAUGCCUGGUUCUCUGAUGGCGCUGUUACCCGCUCCUUCGUUGUUGGAGAACUGGCUCUGGCGUAUAACUCGACCACGAGCCCCCCUUCGGAUCCUGAGCUUGUCCGCCUAAAUAAUUUCGACUUAUUAGAAAAAGUCGCGGCAAAUCCUAUCCUCGCCACAGAAGCCGGACACUCCUUGAAAGGCAAGGAGAAGGAAAAUGGCUCCGGUAACGAGGAAAGGAAGGGGGAAUAUCUAAUCUCGCUUCCCAGUAUCGCACGAUCGACUCCCACGGUUGCUUUCAAAUAUCAAAUACAUCUCAAUCCUUCUAACUUCUCGGCCUAUUGCCCUAUUAUAUUUAACCCUGUUUGGAAUUUGGAAGAAUUCCAAGCCAGCGUUAUCAUUACUUAUUCAAUAAACCCCAACUUCAUUUCUGCAGAGUCAUCCACACCUAUCACACUUAAGAAUCUCGUGCUCACCGUCAACCUGGACCUAUCCCCACAAGAAGACGAAACCACCAAGCAGCCUCGCGAAGUUGCUCGCGCCACGGGAGCAGUCAUGUAUCCCAACACUGGCGCUACGUUCCGCCGCAAAACAUCAGCCGUCACAUGGAGAAUGUCAGAGUUGGAAGUAACCACGGCAGGCGACCAACGGUUCCUCGCUCGAUUUUCAACAACGGUGAGCGGACCCCGCAAGGGGAGAGUCGAUGCCAAGUUCGACGUCCUGAAUGCCAACAGCGGAGACAGGCUGGGUAUCAGCGUUCAGACUUCUGGCCAUAAGCAGGACAAGAAGGCCGAUGACCCGUUUGCUGAUGAGUCUCUGGCGACGGGUAAUGGGACGACGGAAUCACCAGAACCCAGCCCCGCAUCGAAGACAUGGGAAGAAGUCUCUACACGACGAAUACUAACGGUGGGGCGAUAUAUCUCUUUCGGAUGA